GCCUCUGCCUCUGUCCCCAGGUCGCAGGGAUGCUGCUGUCCCGGCCCUGCCACCACUGAAGCACCCGAGGGUCCCGGAAGAGCCGACCUGAGCCAUGAGUCCUCUGAGGCUGCGAGCAUCACUCUUGCUGCUGCUGCUGCUGCUGUUGCUGGGUGGCUGCCUCCUCGCGGCCGCCCGGAGGGAGCCGGGGGCGGCAGGCAGCGCCCCAGAGGCAGCCCGGGGUGCCGUGGGCGGCUCCACCGGCCGCUUCAUCAGCCCCGAGCGCCACGCGUGCAGCUGGCAGCUCCUGCUGUCCGCUCCAGGGCCGGCGGCGGGCAGCGAGCUGUGGCUGCGCUGCCAGGGCCCGGACGGCGAGCGCCGCCGGUGCGCCUACCGCGGGGAGCCCGGGCGCUGCGCCGCCUACGCCGCCCGCGGCGCGCGCUACUGGAAGCAAGUGCUGGGCCGGCUGCGCAGGAAGCGGCGGCCCUGCCAGGACCCCGCGCCGCUCCGAGCCCGCCUGUGCGCCGGCAGGAAGGGUCAGGGCGCCGAGCUGCGCCUGGUGUCCCACGCGCCCCCACCCGCCCUCCCCACUGCGGCCGGCUUCCCCCCGGAUCCCAAACCCCGGGCCCGGAACCGGGGGCGGACCCGGGAGCCCGCGAUCGGCCCCGCCGCCAGCGUCCCGCCUCCCCUGAGCGCGCGCCCCGAAGGGAAGCCCUCGGAGAAGAAGACUAAAGGGGGCAAGAGGAAGGCGGCCUCGGACCCAGACGAGGAGCGACCCCUGGGGACAGGGCCGGAUCCCGACGGGCUGGACGGGAACGCGAAGUUCGCGGAGACCUACUGUGCCGAGAAGUGGCACUCCCUCUGCAACUUCUUUGUUAGCUUUUGGAACGGCUGA